AUGAGGGACGACCGGCACAUCACCAGUCCUUCCCCUCUGUCAUUCCAGAAGGGAACAUACCGACUAAAAGUUUCAUCCGCAAGUGGGUACAAAAAAAUUGAAGUAGUGAACGGCGACGUUGCAGGGCACACAAACAUGUGCACCACCACCCACGAAGGUUGUAUAAGCUACGACACGGAGGGCAAAUGUCAAACACAACUCGAUGCGGCCUCGGAAUAUGUCGUCACAGUCACUACCCCCGUUACUGAACACAAAAGAGGACAUGGUUACAACGUAGCAGCAAUAGCACAGGUAUUUUUGGCAAUAAUAUACCAAGAGAUGACAGCAAAAGGAACUACUGCUCAAAUGACUUCACCUUAUUACGGCGAACUCCACGGUAUGGUAAUGGUGCAUAACCUUCAUCCUAGAGAAAUAUCUGAUACCAUACAAGGCACCCACGCCUGUUAA